AUGAGCACUACCGUCACCCAAAUCACCCCGGCAGAUCCUCUGGGUCAGUACUCCUUCGACAAGCUCGAGCCGUACUCCCACCCCCCAGAGACCAAGGUGGAUCUCCCUUGGGCAGAGCUUGUCACUCUGAAUCUGGAAGAAUUCGACCGGCCAGGCGGCAAGCAUAGACUGGCUGCGCAGCUCGAACAUGCCGUGCACCACGUGGGCUUCUUCUACGUCAAGAACUUCGGCCUGACGCAGGAACAAGUCGACCGCCAAUUCACCCUGGCCAAGAACUUCUUCAAGCUCCCCCUGUUAGAGAAGGACAAGUACUCGGUCGACUACGUGAACGCAGACUACAACGGCUACCGUCGCGCGGGACUGCGGACGAUCCGAAGCGCAACAGCAGCUGCGGAAAAGGGCAAUGAGGGCAUCAAGGACAACUACGAGAUGUACAAUUUCGCCAAGUUCACCAAGGACUUUGAAGGGAAAUACUCCCAUCCGGACCUGAUCCGGGUCCAUCUCCCGGAGAUUGAAACAUUCGCCAAAACCCUCCACUCGAACAUCAUCCUCCCCCUCCUCCGCCUCUUUGCCAUCAUUCUCCAACUCCCGGACGAGGAAUACUUCGCGCGCCAGCACGAGUACACGAAACGCUCCGAAGACCACUUCCGGUAUAUGAUCUACAACAAGCGUACGCCCGAGGAGCACGAAGCAAGCAGUUACCAGCAAGUCCAGGGCCACACAGACCUGGGCUCACUGACACUCCUCUUCCGCCAGCCCGUCGCGGGACUGCAGAUCCUUGGCGAAGACGGGAACUGGACCUACGUAUCUGCACAACCGGGCACCAUCACAGUCAAUCUGGCCGACACCCUUUCCCAUCUGACGGGUGGUUACCUGAAGAGCUCGAUCCAUCGCGUCGUGGCCCCGCCGCGGGAUCAGUGGGCGUAUGAUCGGACGGGUCUUUUGUACUUUGCCCGACCACAUAGUGAUACUGUUCUCCAUCCCAUCACAGACUCGCCGCUCCUGGAGCGGGCGGGGGUCAGGCCUCGGUUUGACAAGGAGGUCACCAUGGCGGAGUGGGUGAAGUCGAAGCAAACGAUGCAGUUGAAUCCGGAUCGGUAUGAUAAGAAGAGGAAGGAUGGGGCCGUUGAGUUGAUUGGGGGGUAUAAAGAUAAGGUCUAUACCUAG